AUGGUGGACACAUUGGGUCACCAUGGCCUCUCAUGCGCCCGAAGCGCUGGAAGGAUCCCGCGCCACGCCAGUAUCAAUGAUGUUAUCCGUCGGGCCCUUGUCAGCGCGAAAAUGCCAGCAAUCCUGGAGCCCACCGGCCUGGCUAGGGACGACGGCAAGAGUCCUGACGGUAUGACACUGGUGCCUUGGAGCAUGGGUCGGCCGCUAGUUUGGGACGCUACUUGUGUUGAUACACUGGCGCCGUCCCAUGUUCCGGUCACCAGCGUUGCUGCUGGCGCUGCGGCAUCCUCAGCCGAAAGCAUCAAACGCCGCAAAUAUGCCACCCUAGGAACUAGCUACAUAUUUGCGGCGUUUGGCGUUGAGACCUUGGGGCCAUGGGGGCCCAGUGCCCGUCUUUUGUAUAAGGAUUUGUCGUCUCGCCUGAUAGAGACCUCAGGCGACCAGAGGGCUGUCUGUGUGCGCUUGUUUGUACCUAAUCAGUACACCCGCGCGCGACGGCACCCGCUGCUGGCGUGGGGCGCGGCGCGCACGCAGGCGCACGCGCAGGCGCCGGUCGCGCGCGCGCUCACGCUGCUCAACUCCGUGCUCGAGGCACAGCCCCAGUGCGAUCUCUUUGAUAGUGCGAUGGGACGCUUCAUAAGAAAUAACAUUAGCUAUGCCGAUGACAUGGUACUGUUGAGCCCAUCGAUUGGCGGUCUGAGAUUGCUUAUUGAGAGGUGUGAGGUAUAUGCCCGUGCGCAUAACCUUAAAUAUAAUGUGACCAAAAGCGAAUUUAUGGUGUUCAAAGCGGGAAGCAAGUGCCCAUCACACAUCCCACCCAUUCGUUUGAAUGGCAUGCAGCUGAAAAGGGUUUCAUCAUUUAAAUACCUUGGGCACUUGGUAACCGACGAUUUCCGUGAUGACGCGGACAUUGAGAGGGAGAGGAGAGCGUUGGCCGUCAGGGCCAACAUGAUAGCUCGCAGGUUUAGCAGGUGUACAGCUCAAGUGAAAAUCACAUUAUUUCGAGCUUUCUGUACAUCGCUGUACACCUGCAGCCUGUGGACUCGGUACACGCAAAGGACGUUUAACGCCAUGCGCGUACAAUAUAAUGACGCGUUCAGGGUGUUGUUGCGGCUGCCGCGGCAUUGCAGCGCGUCCGGCAUGUUCGCGGACGCGCAUGUGGACGGGUUCCAUGCGACGCUGCGUAAGCGCUGCGCCGCGACGCUGCGCAGGGUGCGCGAUAGCCGCCACAGCCUCCUGAGCGUAGUUGCUGAGAGAUGGGACAGUGGCCUCAUCAAGCACUGGUCCUCUCUCCACUUAUCUCUAGUACCUAAAGAGAGAGCGCCGGGCAUUGAUAGCAUCCACGUGGACAUGUUGAAGGUCGAUCCUGGGACAUCUGCAACUCUACUGUAUCCUCUACUGACCCGUAUCUGGGAAGCUGGACGAGUACCCGAUGAGUGGAAGCAGGGACUCUUGGUGAAAGUCCCAAAGAAGGGUGAUCUAUCGCAAUGCGAUAACUGGCGCGGCAUAAUGCUCCUGCCCACAGCCGCAAAAGUUUUAGCAAAGAUACUGCUCAAUCGCAUUGCUCCAAGAGUGGCAGAGACGCUGAGGGACGAGCAAGCAGGUUUUCGCCCUGGUCGCUCCUGCACAGACCACACCAAUACCCUACGCAUCCUGAUCGAACAGAGUGUCGAAUGGCAGUCGGAGUUGUUCCUCGCCUUUGUGGACUUUGAAAAAGCCUUCGAUACCGUGAAGUGGAGCGCGCUGUGGUCCAGCCUUCGUCGCAGGGGCAUACCCGAGUGUGUCAUCCGCAUCAUCCGCUCCCUGUACGAGGGGAGCACAUGUAGGGUGAUACAUGAAAAGGAAAUGGGAGCGCCUAUACAAAUAAGUGCCGGUGUGAAGCAGGGAUGCCUCCUGUCUCCACUGCUAUUUAUAAUUCUGCUCGACGACGUCAUGAGAAGUGAGGUCAAAACGCCAAGAGGCAUUUGCUGGCAUACAAGGGUACUGGAAGAUCUUGAUUACGCCGAUGACAUCGUGCUGAUUUCGCCAUCUUUAGCCCACCUAAAAGCGAAACUUGAAAGUCUUCAAGAGGAAGCUGAAGCCAUGGGCCUGCGAAUCAACCGACGGAAGACUGUCAAUAUGCGAGUACAAUCAGCUUGUAAGGAACCUUUGUUGCUCAAAAACGACCGCCUUGAAUCAGUCUCCAAGUUUGUGUACCUCGGCAGUACACUGUCGUGUCAGGGAGGUGCAGACGAUGACGUCGAGAGCAGAAUUAAGAAGGCAAAAGCUGCAUUUGCUCAACUCAAGCCUGUUUGGGAUUCAAACGUGCUUACUCGCCGCGUGAAAAUCUCCCUCUUCGAAUCUAUUGUCAAGACCGUGCUUCUCUUCGGCUGUGAGACAUGGAGAGUGACAAAGGGGCUGACGCACAAACUUCAAGUGUUUGUCAAUAAGUCCCUCCGGUCGAUCCUCCGUAUCUUCUGGCCGAAAACUAUAAGGAAUGAGAAUCUGUGGAGUAUGUGCCGACAACCUCCGAUCGCCCAGGAAGUGGCUCAGCGGAAAUGGAGAUGGAUCGGUCAUACCCUUCGAAGAGGAGCUACCAACAGCGCCAGUAUCGCGUUUGAGUGGCGGCCUCAAGGAGGAAAGAGGGCCCGCAAACGCCCCGUACACACCUGGAGGCGGAGCGUUGAGAACGAGCUGAGGGAAUAUGGACUGAGCUGGAACGAGGCCAAGGCGGUGGCUCAAGAUAGAAAGGCGUGGAAGGAUCUUGUGGAGGCCCUAUGCACCUAUGGGGUGCCUUAG